AUGCCACAAACUAUAAGCAGAAAUGUCCAAAGGCGGAACGCGACGAAACUGCUUCUCAGUAAAGAGGACAACAAGCCCACCAUUCAGGGCUGGCUCACGAAGGUCAAGAACGGCCACGCCAAGAAGAGCUGGUGCGUGCUCAUCGGCAAGAUGUUCCUGUACUUCAAGUCGCCGGGAGACCAGAACCCAACUGGCCAGAUCAACAUGCGAGACGCGCGAGUGGAAGACGUAGAACAUGUUUCAGACUCGGACUCGGAAGAGAAGAACGACGACACGCGCAACCACCUUACUGUGGCUAUCUACCCGCAGCACCAGGGUCCAACGUACCUAUUAUUCGAAAGCAAAGCAGACAAGGACUCCUGGUUAUACCAUUUGACCGUGGUGAGCGGAGGCGGAUUAAGCCAGGGCACGCACUUCGAACAGCUGGUUCAGAAGCUGAUGGAGACAGAUGGCGAUCCCAAUUGCGUGCUAUGGCGGCAUCCAACGCUGCUGUAUUCGAAGGAGAACAUCACAUCCCCUCUGACGUCACUUAACUCCGAGGCGCUGCAGGCGGAGGCAUUAAAACUAUUUAAGUGCGUCCAACUCUUCAUGUCAGUAGCCGUAGAGCACGCAGGCAUCGACUACCACGUGGUGCUCGCCCAGAAUGCCCUCCAACAAUGCCUGGAAGUAGCCGAGCUCCAAGACGAGCUGGCGUCAGCGUUGGCCCGUCAGACCACGCCUCACACGCACACCAAACACGGCGUGCAGGUAACGCCCGCGACUGCGCGACGUAACAUAAACGUUAAGGCCGCCAAGCUUAAGAAUGUAAGUUGGGUUUCAGUUUGUUUGUGUGGGGGUGGCGGUUGA